CCAGCAAACAUUUAGACUCGGAUAGCCGUCGUGCACGCUUUGAAGAACUUUACCAACGUUUGCUUACACAGACAAGCUUGAAUCCGAAGGAGCGACGAAAAUUGCCGCCUAUGAGAAAUGCCGUCUGGAUAAAUCUCGUAGACCUUUCCCAGAGUGAGGAAGAGCUCGGUAAAGUUAUUGCGCAGGUGCCAAAGUGGAAGGAUAUGACACGGCAUCAGCCAGGCGAAGGAGGUUUGGAGGAACGAUGGGGUGAACUGGUUAUCAGUCGUGCGGAAUCCUUGUCUUGCCCCAAACUCGCUCUAGAGAUGUUUUCCAACCACGCAAAAUACCAAGUCCCGCUUUCUCUACCAGCCGCUCGACACCUGCUUCAUGCUUUACAUAUAGAGCAUCCAUUGCAGGAUGUUAUGACCGCUGUUGCGCUUUAUCGGGUGUACAAUUUGACACCCAUAGCGGAUGAUCUCGUCAGCCUCGGGCUGGUAUGUAGAGCACUUGCAGGGAGUAUCUAUCAACCCUCGCAUGCUCCAAAAUCUUCCCCCGCUUCUCUCCCAAAGGGCAACCUACAUGCGUCGAAACAAGUUUUCGCCGCUCUCAUUCAAUCUCUUCAAGGCCUUGUCUCUUCCACUGAUCCUUCUUUGUUCUCUGUAAACACACAUGCCCGCACACGCGCUAUAACACCCAAAUUUACCCAGAGACAUGAAAAGGCCAUAAAGGGCUUGGCGGCGCUGGAGAAGGAGAAAACAUGGCUGAAGUGGUGCUUGAAGAGGAUUGAGUCCAAUUUAGGACAAGUUGAGGGCUUUGAAAAGGUUGCGUGGCUCAGGCAGUGGCGGCAGGCGGCAGGGCAUAUAAGGGCAAAUCAUGAUUCACACUCAUUGACGGCGACCGAAUUACCCUGAACUGAACAAAUUCUAAUAUGUUGAUACGUCGGAAUACAUAAUGGAAAGGAAUUGCAUUGGUCAAUGGAAUUCCGAAGAUUAUUGUCUAACUUUCACUAAUACUUCUACUGAGGGCUGGAAGUUCUUCCCCUCGUUGAGUUUGC